AAAAGAAGUUUCCUCAUCAAAAUAAUCAAAUGAGCCCAAAAAUAAAAAAAUGGGCUCACUUCCCCACCUCAAAGCCUCGCUCCCCAUCUGUUCAUUUCAUUCGGUCAUUUUAAACCCCAAGCCUGCGUACCUCUACAGUCAUUUGUAUACCACUUCCCCAACGUUUAUGAACUGCUGCCGUUAGCUGCUUCAGUUUCAGAGCCUGCUCUGCUGUGCUGUGCGCCUGCUUAACCCGGAGAUUCUAAUGGCCGACGAUCCAUCAUCGUCUUUCCUUUCGGACAAAUCUUCCAAGAUCUUCGUAGCGGGCCACCGCGGUCUUGUCGGUUCAGCCAUCGUCCGCAAACUCCACUCUCUUGGCUUCACCAACCUUGUUCUCCGCACCCAUUCCGAGCUCGACCUCACUCGCCAAUCCGACGUCGACUCAUUCUUUGCUGUUGAAAAGCCCAAAUUUGUAAUCUUGGCAGCUGCCAAAGUUGGGGGUAUACACGCGAACAACACUUAUCCAGCUGAUUUCAUUGCCGUCAAUCUCCAGAUCCAAACUAAUGUAAUCGACUCCUCUUAUCGGCAUGGCGUUAAAAAAUUACUCUUUCUCGGUUCUUCUUGUAUCUACCCUAAGCUAGCCCCUCAACCUAUUCCUGAAAAUGCUUUGCUCACUGGUCCUUUAGAGCCCACUAACGAAUGGUAUGCUGUUGCCAAGAUUGCUGGUAUUAAAAUGUGUCAAGCUUAUAGAAUUCAGUACAAUUGGGAUGCCAUUUCUGGAAUGCCCACCAAUUUAUAUGGUCCAAAUGAUAACUUCCAUCCUGAGAAUUCUCAUGUUCUUCCUGCUUUGAUGAGGAGGUUUCAUGAAGCCAAAGCCAAUGGGGCCAAAGAGGUCGUCGUCUGGGGAACUGGAAGUCCGUUGAGGGAGUUUCUACAUGUUGAUGAUUUAGCUGAUGCUGUUGUGUUUUUGAUGGAGAGGUACAGUGGGAUUGAGCACGUCAAUGUUGGGAGUGGAAAGGAGGUCACGAUUAAGGAAUUAGCUGAACAAAUGAGGGAGGUUGUGGGUUUUCAAGGUCAGCUUGUUUGGGAUAGUUCGAAGCCUGAUGGUACUCCUAGAAAGCUCAUGGAUAGCUCCAAGCUUUUGGGGUUAGGUUGGAGUCCUAAGGUUUCUCUCAAGGACGGUCUUGUUGAUACUUACAAGUGGUACUUGGAGAAUGUCAUCAAGCAAUGAUGCUAGGAGGUGAUUGUAUGUGUUUUUAUUCCAGAUGUUGGCAAUUUCUUACUUUUGCAGCUAUUUCAGAUAUUGCCUUGCAAUAAUAAUUUAUGACAUUCAUUCUGUAAUGCUUAUAUGGGAUUGUAAGAUGAGACGAAUCAUCCAAGUUUACCAGAAAUUAUAUGCUUUUGUGUUUAUUUAAA